UUCCAUCACUUUCAUUUCUCUCUUCUCACUCUAAGUGAGACUUUCACAGAGAAUUUAAGAGAUCUUGUUUAUAUCUUUUAAUUAUUAUUCCCUCAUUUUUCUUCUUAAAACCGAUUCUAAACAAAUAUCUUAUAAUAGCUAUACAGGAAAACUCUCUUGAAGAUUUUGAAAAGAUGGUAACUUACUACUCCAGAAGAAAAUCUCAGAAACGCAUCACUACUACUGUUGCCUUCAUCAUCAUCCUUCUUCUUUUGUUUCUGUUUCUUUACGCUAAAGCUUCAUCGUCAUCCUCUCUUGAUAUUCCUCACCAUUCAACUCAUGGAAGCUUGAAAAAACCAGGAGCUUUGGAUCCAAAGUUUCAUGAUCACAGUUCCACUUCCACUGAUGCUUCAAAAGGAUCAAGAUAUACUAAUGAAGGUGGUGGAAUUUUUUUUGAAGAUAACAAGAGAAGGGUCUUCACAGGUCCUAAUCCUUUGCACAAUUGAUACUUUUUUUGCUGUUCUUAUAAGUUUUGUCAGAAUAAAACAGAUUUGAGCAAGAAAAAGAACCAUGUCUAUUUACUUUUUCUUACACUGUGAUAUACAUUUAAAUCCUACGUGAUCUUCCAUGAUUUUGUAACUUAUGCUCUAUGUGG